AUGGAGAAUGGUCUCUUAAAUUGGGUGCUUCUUGCCCUUCUUGUGACGGCUCUCCUAUAUAGACAAUUUUUGGUGUUUACACGUGACGUGCCUGACGAAUAUCUCAAUGAGCAGAGUGUCAUAGAAUCUAUCCGAAAGCCCAAUGAGCUGGCGGUUCACAAGUCCACGAAACUCGACUAUUCUCAGGGACUCCGCGUAGGUCUAGGCAUUCGCUAUUCCAGCUACAAAUUGCGGAAUGGCAAUUUAUAUGAUAUCUGGGAACUCGCCAUGGGGCACGCCAAGAAAGAUCCCACGAAGUCGGUUUUUUUCGACCAGAAGCCGGUUCAAAUUGCACGGUUGAAUAGUCUGGCGUCUCAGGUCAGAAAACUAUUGUCUGAAUUGGCAUCGGAGGAAGACAUAGACGAAGUUUGUAUACACAAGAAUCUCGUGUUCUCAGAUCCAGAAGCGUUUACUGUACUUUUGGCAUGUUUUACUUCUCAAACAACAGUCCACAUAUACGAUGAAAGCUGCUUAGAUGACCAGAACGGGAAUACUUUGGAUGUCCAAAGAGAAGAGGGUGAUCUUGUUAUAUACCGGGGCUCAAGACUAGUUCUGAAUAUGACACGAACCAUCGACACAGACAUUACUAACAUGUCCUUUGUUAAUGAGUACAGCUCCGAAAAAGAUCGUGGUAUCGCCUUGAAGGUGUCUUGCAGAGCCAAUCACAUGGCCAUGACUAGCACGAACUUUGUUCAGACAAACUUGGUAUCUGCAGUGGCAAGUUGCAUUAAACACUUCCCGCCCCAGCACCACAUAUCAUCCGAUGAUCGUAUGGCAGUAUUGAACAACACAGCUUCAAUGGAGGGCCUUGUGAAUGGCUUGGUGAAAGUGCUAGUGUCUUUUGUUACAGGGGCAGAGCUUCAUCUCGCUUCUAGUCUCGACACAUGUGUUGCCCUGAAACCCACAAUUAUUCUGGCACCCACUGACGUGGUGAGCACCAUGUAUAAGAAACCUGCGGGUCUUGACCGGCUUUUGAAACCCCACAGGCUUUAUUCCUUGGCGUGCAAUAGAUUCAGUGGUCUUAUACAGAACAAGCCGCAUCCUGACUUGCGAUUGGUGAUCGCCCAUCGCUCAAUUGGCUCCACUUCAGUAUCGCCUGACUGGAGACAAAUAAGUGCGUCCCUCGCUGCGCAUGUUGUUGAAGAGUCCGGGUAUUUCCAUGCAGCUGGCCCUAUAUUAGUGAGUGACUUCUUCGACUUCCGUUCGUUUUCUCGAGAGCUUUCAGCCCAGACACGCACACACGGAGCCGUGGCUCAGUCCAAUGAAUUGAAGCUCGUGAAUUUUGACGGGGUUUCUGGAAAAAUUGCCGCUCGCGGAUACAAUUUCGGCAAGGCAAAAACAGUCAUGGAUAAGGUGGGAGAGACCAUAGUCACUCCCGACGAGGAUGGAUUUUACCAACUCCCAGUCCAGGGGCGCUGGGGCCUGGAUGGAUGCAUGUAUGUGAUGAGGGUUUAG